GGGUGGCUUCGUGCGUCGAGGCGCGCGGUGCCGCCGGCAGUCGUCUGUGCGCCGCCGACGCGAGAACAUCUUAAGAGGAAACUCUGGUUGGCCAACCUUUCAGGCUACAUACAUCGAGCAUCGGAAAACUUUUUCAAAGCGGCACUUAUGCCGCUCUUGCAUCAGGAUACAAGCCGCAGAGGCGGGGGCUCCAACGAGAACCGCAGCUCGCUGGCAGACCUCCUCGGCUUCGAGCAGACUAUCGCAGAGCCCGCGGCCGCGCCGAUCAACCAUCGCAAUAAUGACGGUGGGGUGUCGCUGGGCAGCGACGACUGGCGCUGGGAGGAGCCCCGCAGCCCCGAGGUGGCGCACACCCCCCGCGCCCUCGUCCCUCCCAACUGCUUCCCGCCUAGGCAUCCCCGGGCUUUCACUAGUUUCAGUGAGAGCGCCCGCCCUGGCGGAGGCUGGUCGGAGGACUCCGGGGGGCAGGGGCAGGGCAUUACGGACCUCGUCGCUUCUUUAAAGGCCCUCGCGAUGCCGGCGGCGAGCGCGCGCGCGCUGCAGACCUCCAUACAGGUGCGGCUCAGCUACGAGGGUCUCGAGAAAUUGGUGGAGCCGCAGUGGACUGAGCCAGGAACUACUCGAGACGAGCGUGCGCUCACUCGACGUGCGUCGUUUUGUGGCGUGAGUGGGGUCUGGCGGGACGGGACGACGGCGGACAGGGACGCAGCGCGCUGGAGCGGAGCGCUGCCCGCGCGGGUCACUGACCCCAGCGCGGGGUUCUCAGCCAAGGUGUUCCUCGGGGGGCUGCCCUGGGACAUCACCGAGCAGGCGCUCUUGCAAGCCUUGAAGCAGUUCCAUCCGGUUCGCGUGGAAUGGCCGGGCCAAUCGGACGGGGCCGCGAUACGGGGUUUCGCGUACGUGACGCUGGACAGUGAGCGCAGAGUUAGGGCGCUGCUGGCUGCUUCUCGUAGGGACCAACACAACUGGUACUACCGCAUAUCCUCGCGCAAGAUGCGAACCAAGGAGGCAGAAGUGAUCCCCUGGGCGGUGUCGGACUCUAACUGGGUGAGCGGCGGGUCGGCGCGGCUGGAGCCGGCGCGCACGGUGUUCGUGGGCGCGCUGCACGGCAUGCUCAGCGCCGCUGCGCUCGCGCACAUCAUGAACGAGCUGUUCGGCGGCGUCGUCUACGCUGGUAUCGACACCGACAAGAACAAGUACCCGAUCGGAUCGGGCCGCGUCACCUUCAACAACGUGCGCUCCUACAUCCGCGCCAUCUCCGCCGGCUACGUCGAGAUCGUCACCGAUAAGUUCUCGAAAAAGGUACAAGUGGACCCGUAUUUGGAGGACUCCAUGUGCUCAGAGUGUAAUCUACAGCAGGGACCUUACUUCUGCCGCGAGCCGAUGUGCUUUAGAGAUGUUCGGUGGCAGGUACUUCUGCCGCUCGUGCUGGAUGUGGCAGCACUCGGCGGAGCCCCACAAGCCGCUCAUGCGCAACUCCAAGGGGCCGCCGGUGUUCCCCGCCAGCAUGCCGCGCGUCGAACAGAACAUGUACAACGGAUUCGCUCCUAGCGAGGGGACCCCGUCCCCAGCCACAAGCGGGACCUCUGGUACGUCGGAACUGGACGCCAGCGCGACCGGCGAGGAGCCCAGCGAGGGCUGGUCGCUGCACUAGCGCGGACCGGACCGGACCGGGCAGACCGGACGGACCGGACCGGACAGUCGGAGCCACGCACGUGGCGUGUUGUCGAGCUGCUAUUAAGUUGGGCGCUCUGCCAGCAUUAGCUUUUAUUAGACUAAGGUUGAUUUUUAGGCUGAUUUUUAUAACCUUUUAUACCACAUUUUUACUUUCAAAAUUUUCGUCCCUAUACUAUUUUUACUUUUCCAGCUUCGGGCUGAACUUAAUUUCUGCACAUAUGGUUCUUAGAACCACAUUUCCGUAUAGAGAACUUAACAGAUCAACAUAGAUUUUUGUCGCGUGAGAUUUAGACUUCAAGUAAGAUUAGCUUUCAAGUAAGUCUUACAGUAGCGUUAUAAACAUCAGCCUCACUACUUUGCCAUACUAAAUGUAAAUGUUAGUAGGUUCAGAGUUAGUGGACAUACCAAUCGUUUCGUUGAUUUGUUUGAAUGACUUUGUUUUAUAAUCAAUAGCUUUCCGAGAUCUAAUACAUUUCAGUGUCUUCAAUACAUUUGUCAGCAGAAAAUGUUAGUUUCUGAUAUAUUGAAACAAAUAUUCCCUUACUGACAAACUUUCAACAUCUGCAUUGGAAAGCCUACUUUUGUAGCUGAUUUAUAUUGUAUACGAUGAAGUAUAUUAUGUUUAUAUAUUAUAGUAAUACGUCUUCAGCGUAGUAAUGUUCCUUAGAUCAAUUACAUGUGCCUACAUAGAAAUUGUGAUUUUAACGUAUGUUUUAAAGGUGCCUGUUUUUAGCCCGAUAGAAUGAAUAAUUUUAAAAUUUUUAAUGGGCUUUUAAAAUUGUAUAAUCGAGGAUUUUAUAGAUUUUAGGCGAACUCAACUAAAAUAUCAAAUGUUGAUUUUACAAGUGCUUUGUUCGUUUCGGACCUACUCUAAUGUUAUCUGAAAAUAUAUUGUAUAA